AUGAGUGAUGACAUAAAUGCUGAAAGAGUACCAUUAUUAGAAACUCAGGAAGAUCUUCAAAAUCCCGUUGACUGCAAAGAACAAUGUUGCUGUUGUUUGUUUUCAAUAAUGAUGAUUUUAUUAUUAAUUAUAUCUGUAAUUACCAAUGGUGGUCUCUCUUAUACCGAUUUAUCAACUGACAUAUCAAAAAUUCCUUAUGAGUAUAAAUUAAGAUAUAAAAGUCUUUGGGGAUAUAAUUACAUUAUUGAAGGUCAUCCAACUGAAUUUAACGGUGAUGCUAAUUCUUUUAGUCCGAUUAAAUCAGAUAACUCUAAUCAACCAAAGUUCAUAAAAUAUGCUGAAUUAAUAGUUCCUUUUUGGGUAUAUGGAAAUUUUAAUGUUAUAGAAUUUAGACGUAAUCAAACUGGCUCUGUAUUCCCCGUUUCAACCGUGAAUUCUAGGAUCGAUAAUUAUCUGACAAAUGAAAUAGACAUUGUAUUUACUGCAUCUGACGAUGAUGAUUUAAAAUUAGAAUCCUGUGAAUAUCGAAUUUCUUGGAGUUGGUUACUUAAUGGUUAUAUUUGGAGAUUAUGUGAAAAUCUAAACGAAUCAGUUUUCAACCAAGUUGCUAUUUUUACCGGUCAUCCUUCCUUGGGUUUGACUUUUUCUUCUGUGGACGAAAAGACAAAUUACGGUUAUAGCUCUAGAGCUGCUUUUUUUUGGGAUCUGUAUGAAAGGGAUAUAUUCAUUGAUAAGGCUGCUCCGUUUCCUCCCAUCAUACCCGCUUUGUACACUGCUUAUUAUAAUUACUUGGAAUAUAUGAGGCAAAGAAAUAAUAGACGCGAGGAUUGA